AUGGCCACCACGACCGCGGCGACGGCAUCGACGUUCCUGGGCGCCCGCUUGCCCGACGUCAGCUCCACUUCCGGUGUCUCCGCCUCCAGCCGCUUCCUCGCCCGCUUCGGUUUCGGCGGCAAGAAGGCGGCGAAGCCUAAGAAGCCCAGCAAGUCGGCGGUCACCUCGGACCGCCCGCUGUGGUACCCCGGCGCCGUGUCCCCUCCCUGGCUCGACGGAUCUCUGGUCGGCGACUACGGCUUCGACCCCUUCGGCCUGGGGAAGCCUGCCGAAUACCUGCAGUUCGAUCUCGACUCGCUGGACCAGAACCUGGCCAAGAACCUUGCCGGUGACGUCAUCGGCACCCGCUUCGAGACCGACGAUGUCAAGUCCACUCCAUUCCAGCCCUACACGGAGGUGUUUGGCCUGCAGCGCUUCCGUGAGUGCGAGCUCAUCCACGGUCGCUGGGCCAUGCUCGCCACUCUUGGCGCACUAGCUGUCGAGUCCCUCACGGGCGUCACCUGGCAGGACGCCGGCAAGGUAAUCAAUCGAAGCCGCCGCCCCCCCCCGCCCCCUCCCAAUUCUUUCCCGCGCAAAAAAGGUGAGUUAAGGAGAAGCAAGCAGGUCUGACCACAUGGACGCGUUUUUCCCUUUCUUUUCGGUGCUUCAGGUGGAACUGGUCGACGGGUCAUCCUACCUGGGACAGCCGCUGCCUUUCUCCAUAUCGACGUUGAUAUGGAUCGAGGUGCUGGUGAUCGGGUACAUCGAGUUCCAGAGGAACGCAGAGCUCGACCCAGAAAAGAGGCUCUACCCUGGGGGCCAGUUCUUCGACCCCCUCGGCCUCGCUUCCGACCCGGAGAAGAAGGCAACCUUGCAGCUGGCCGAGAUCAAGCACGCCCGCCUCGCAAUGGUCGCCUUUCUUGGCUUUGCCGUGCAGGCGGCAGCUACCGGCAAAGGCCCCCUCAACAACUGGGCCACCCACCUGAGCGACCCUCUCCACACCACCAUCAUCGACACCUUCUCCUCGUCAUGA